AUGUCACAUGAGGAUUUAAUUUCAUAUGCAGCUCGUGUCAACAAACUGUGUGAAAAUUUUAAGUUAUCUGAGAUGAACGCAGAUGAAUUCAAAUGCUUAGUAUUUGUUUGUGGUCUACAGUCCAAUGCAGACUCUGAUGUUCGCAUGAGAUGUCUUUUAGCUCUAGAAGAUGACUCUAAUCAAAACAUUAAUAAGCUAAUUACUAGUGCUCAAAGAUUGCUAAACUUAAAACAUGAUACAGCAAUGGUAGAAGUUAACACACAAUCAUCCAUAAAUGCUAUAAAAUCAAAUCCAAAAUCAAAUGAUUUAAAAGGUAUGGCGAAGCCAAAAACCCCCUGUUGGAACUGUGGUGCCAUGCACUAUUCAAAAUAUUGCACCUAUUUAAAACAUGUUUGUACACAAUGUAAAAACAUGGGACAUAAAGAAGGUUACUGCAAGAAUCAACAGUCAGAAAACAAUCCAAUGUUGUUCAAAUCAACCGGAUCUGGUAUGAGUCAAGAAGGAAAUUUGUCACAGUCAAUUUCAUCAUCAACAACAUCUACAAAUAUAGAUGUAAAAAUGCAAAUCGAUACCGCAUCAGAUGUGUCCAUCAUUGGUAAAACGUAA